AUGGGGGAGCCCGCCACCGCCGUGAGCCAGCUGCUGGGGGCGACCCGCGAGGCGCAGCUGCUGCAGAGCUUCUUGGGGGUCAGCCUGGCAGCCGACGCCACCGAGGCUGCCGUCGGCGUCGACAAGAAGAGGGCCGUCAGCUUCAAGAGGGCGGCCGCCGCCGCGCAGCAGGAGCAGGCGUCGUCCCGCAAGGUGCUGAGCCCGUUCGCGCAGAUCCUGCGCGAGAUCAAGCUGCGCACGCUGCACCAGCAACAGUCGCGGCCCCGACAGCGGCGGACGCGCGCCGCGCCAUACGAGGAGCUGUACACCGACAAGGACCGCGCCGCCGCCGUCAGCAUCGGCUCCGACGACAUCAAGGCCUCGCUCAAGGAGAAGAAGAGCAAGGAGCGCGCCGGCGACGCCGGGGGAGCCGCCGCCGGGGGCGUGUCGGCCGGCCCGGGCACCCUGCUGGCGCUGGCCAGCCGCGAGAUGAGGGCGGGCAGCCCGCGCGUCGCGCUGCGCUUCGUCCACAAGGCGCUGGAGCUUCGGCCGGAGGACAAGGGCGCCCUGGUGGCGCGCAGCAAGUGCUACCUGCUGCUGGGGCAGCCGCAGCUGGCGCUGCAGGACGCCGAGGCCGCGCUACGAAGCGAGAUCGUGCGGUGCUCGGCCAUCUUCCAGAAGGCGGAGGCGCUGUACCAGCUGGGCGACUUCGAGCACAGCCUGAUGUACCACCACCGCGGACUGCGCCUGCGGCCAGAGCUCGACGGCUUCCGUCUGGGCGUCCAGAAGGCGCAGCAGGCCAUCCAGAACACCAUCGGCGGGAAGACGCUGCUGCUCACGCCGGAACCUGCCGAGCGGCCUCCGGCGCUGCCGCAGACGCCGCCAGACGACAGCAAGCAGGAGACGGCGGCCACGUCGGUGCCCAGCUCGGGGUCGGCGGCGGGGCGUCGCAGCGCGAGCGCCAGCGCCGCGGCGCAGCACGGCCACGCCCCCAGCAGCCGGCCGGCGUCGGGCAGCGCGUGCACGGGGGACCCCGCGGCGCGCCGCCUGCUGGGCGCGCUCUGCGUCGACAAGCAGUACCUCGAGCAGCUGCUCCAAAAUCCCGAUAUUAAAUGCCUGCGUCAGGAAGCUGCGAGUCACAUCUUGACGGAGGCGGAGGAAGGCAUCGAAUUCCUCAAGACCAGAGAAGAGUUCUGGCGACAGCAGAGGCCCAUACAAGUGAACAACAAAAAGAAGAAGAAGCAUUAG